AUGACACGACAAUUCACACAAAUAAAAGAGUUUUUGGGACGCACUGGUGGUUCCAUAGAAGACCCUCCAAAUGUUGAUUAUGAGAAUUUUCGUAUAUUAGUAGUUGGAGCUGGAGGACUUGGAUGUGAAGUCUUAAAGUCAUUAGCGAUGGUUGGUUUUCGAGACAUAACAGUGAUAGAUAUGGACACGAUUGAGUAUUCCAAUUUGAAUCGGCAAUUUUUAUUCCGCCGCAAAGAUGUUGGGAGACCCAAAUCCGAGGUAGCUGCUGAGUUUGUGAUGCGUCGUGUACCUGGGUGUCACAUUUCACAUAUAGUUGGACGUCUUGAAGAUCAGCCGGAGUCCUUUUAUAAAUCGUUCAAAUUAGUGAUCAGUGGGUUAGAUAAUUUAGGAGCACGACGGUGGACGAAUUCGAUGUUAUGUUCCUUAGUUAAAACCGAGAAUGGGGAGGUAGACCCAUCGACAGUCAUUCCAUUAAUAGAUGGAGGUACUGAAGGUUUUCAAGGUCAUGUUAUGGUAAUAGUACCUGGGAUAGCUGCAUGUCUAGAAUGUCAAGUCUCUUUAUUCCCACCAGCCAAAACCUUCCCGAUGUGUACUAUAGCAGCACAACCAAGACUUCCAGAACAUUGUAUAGCUUGGGCUUCACAAAUAGCUUGGGACAAUGCUACUAUUAAUAAAGCUUUUCCAUUGGGUACUAAAGUCGAUGCGGAUAACCCCGACCACGUCAAAUGGAUUUAUGAAAAAGCUCUUGAAAGAGCUCAAGAGAAGAAUAUCAGUGGAGUCACUUAUAAAUUAACACUCGGAGUCAUUAAAAAUAUCCUCCCAGCUAUCGCGUCGACUAAUUCAUUAAUUGCUGCUCAAACGGCUAAUGAAGCGUUUAAAUACGCUACGGGCGCAGCUAACAAUCUUGAGAAUUAUGUCAACUACUUCGCUAGAGAUGGAAUUAAUACUACAGUCGAAAAUUUACAAAGAAGACCAGAGUGCUUCGCGUGUGGAACUAAAUCAGUCGAUUUGGUACUUCCACUCCACACUACUUUACAAGACUUGGUCGACAGACUCACCGAUAACCCACAAAUCCAGCA